CUGUCGCCGCAAAUCAAACGCAAUCAUGGCGGCAUGUCGUCUGCUGGGUAGAUCUGUUUGCAACAUCAAAAAAACUAGUUUUGUCUUGCAAAAUCAGUUGAACCACACAGUACGGUCUGCCCGGAGCAUUCAGCGCUCUUCUAGGGAUGGCACUGAGGCGUUUGACGACAGCGGCGUUUAUUCACAGACGUCUCUCCUCGAAAAGUAUUUGAGUGCCAAGCAAGCGUGCGAGGCUUUGCCAACGCCGGAAGUGAACCCCUUCGGUGUAUUCGCCAAUAAUGAGCUGGAUAUAUCACAGAUCGAAGUGUAUGGCUUCGACUAUGAUUACACAUUGGCUGUGUACACAGAAAAGCUUCACUACCUCAUUUAUGACCUUGGCAGAGACUGGCUGAUAAACAAGUUCAAGUAUCCAAAAGACAUUGCACAACUCGAAUACAGGCCUGGCUUUGCGAUUCGAGGCCUCCAAUAUGACAUGAAGAAGGGCGUGCUUAUGAAGAUGGAUCUCUUUCACCAGAUACAAUUCUGCAGUGUUUACAGAGGCCUUACACCACUCAGCAGUGAGGAAGUAAUCAACACCUAUGGGGGAUCGUAUAUUCCCCAGUACAUGAUAAGAGGCAAUGCGGAACAAGGAGCUCGAAUGAAGCAGCUCAAUGACCUCUUUUCCGUUCCUGAGAUCUGCCUCCUGUCUAACGUGACUGAGUACUUUGAGCGGCACAACAUUGCCUACAACCCAGAGAUUCUCUUCUUUGACAUUCAGAAUGCCAUUUCAAGCAUUCAUCCGGUGAUCCACAACACACUCAAUGAAAGCAACAUUAAUGACUACUUAGAGAAGCGUAGAGAACUGGUAACAUUCCUAGAGCGUUUGAAAUCAGCUGACAAGCAGAUGUUCCUGGUGACCAACAGUCCAUUCAAAUUUGUUGAUGUUGGCAUGCGAUACAUGAUUGGCCCUGAAUGGCAAGACCUUUUUGAUGUAGUCAUCGUACAAGCAAGGAAGCCUAAGUUUUUCACCGAUCAGCACAGGUAUGUCCAACCGUUCCGUGUGUAUGACCCAGAAACGAAGAGUCAGCUCUGGGAGCGUGUCACCAAACUGGAAAAGAACAAAGUCUACAUUGAGGGCACAGUCACCCAGCUCCAGGCCAUGACUGGCUGGUGCGGCAACAGCGUCCUGUACUUCGGAGACCAGAUUUACAGUGACCUCGCCGACCUGACACUCAACUAUGGCUGGAGAACGGGCGCCAUCAUAUGGGAGCUGGCGAACGAGAUUAAGAUCCUGAACUCUGAAGAAUUUAGACACACUGUCAGUUGGCUUCAAUCUCUGCAGCACUUAAUUGAAGAGAUGCAGGACCAUGAGGACAUUGAGGACUUCAUUGAACAACUCCUGCAGGAACGAGAUCAGCUCAGGAAAACCACCAAGUCUCUGUUCAACCCCAACUUUGGGAGCAUCUUCCGCACGCAUCACAACCCAACAUACUUCUCCCGACGUCUGUUCCGCUACUCAGACAUCUACAUGUCGCAUGUCACCAACCUGCUCAACUACUCGCUGCGACACACCUUCUACCCACGUCGCGGAGCACUCCCCCACGAAUGCCACACCCCACACAGCUAAGUUCCUUUUCAUUAAGCUUGCUUUGGUUGCAUGGCAGUGUGGUAUGCCACUUAAUUCACCCGGCACUGGCUGCAUUUUUUCUAUAAGGUAAAAUAACCACGCUUAUGUGGUUGGUCCUGCGCAGUGAACUGCACUUUACUCUGGCAGACAAAAGGUGCAAGGCCAAACAAAAUAGCAGAUGAAGCUUCCUGACCUUUAUCAUCAAAGUAUUCCAAAUUAGGUAAUGCAUAAACUAAGUGGACAGACAUUCGGUUUGAACUUUCGUGGAACAGCAAAACAGAGAAAGUGUAUUUGUUAAGUAAAGAAAUGAGAGAUGUAGCAGAAGUGGAAAGAACAAUGCUCAUGAGGAUGAGUAGUGGAAGCGGAACUGCUUUAGCAUCAUGGCAGAUAAGGAGAGAGAUUUCAGAGAAGUGUUCCUUUAUAAUGUCAUUCAUUGAUGAUUCAUCAGGGAAAUCCUCAAAUAUGCUUCGUACAUUUCUGAUGGAGAUAGAAUCAUGGGAUGUUAACUUUCUAAAAGAAAAGCAGUGCUGCUGCCUGUAAUGGCCUUAAUAUGUUAUGUUGUGUAGUUUUGACGUAACCGAAAUGCUCAUUGAUGUCGGCUCUCUCUUAAUCAGCUAAUAUUACAGUGAAACGGCACCAAAAUAUGUAUGCAGGUUGUUUCCACGAGGAUAUCAAACUAUUCAUGAAGAGGGUUAGCAUUCCUAGCAUUUUCGUUUUUCCUGGCAGUAUAAGCAGGCACCUUUGGGAUUUAAAAAAGUCAAACAAAUCAUAGGCACGCCAGCAAUGGUUUCACGCAACGAAAAGCUAAUAGCAGCUCUAAGGGAAUUGAAGCAAACUGCUAUUGUUACACAUGUUUGGCAUGCAUUGCUUAGCGAAGUAGACAGCAGUGUUGAGACUGGAUCUGUUCCAGAAAGUCACCUUGGCAUGUUGUGUGUGCAAAGCAAGAUGUGAUAAAGCCAUGUCGAUGUCAUAAUAUCAUUCGUAGAGCAGCAUGUCAUACUCUGUUGUUGUGAACUCUAUCACACUAUGGUACCAUAUCCGAGUCCAUAUUUAAGAAUCUUUUUAAGCUUAUGAGAGAUAUGUCACACUCAUAGUGCGUGUUUGGUGUGCUACUUUUUUUUUUUGGUGAUUAACUGGUGGUUGAGUUAACAACGGCCAAGAGACAAUGUCAAAGACAGCUAGUCUGCUUGAGAGAAUCGCGGUGUUGGUAGAAUUUGCGUGAUUCUACUAUUUAAUGUUUGUAAUAUCAUUGCUAUUGCAAGGUCACCUAUUGCAUUACCAAGUUAGACAGUCAGCAAAGUUAAAAUUAAGGAGAGAGAGAAAGAUGCAUUUGGGUCUUGUUGAAUGAGGAACAAAAUCAAAUAUUGGGAAGGAGUCAAGGAAGGAUAUCACUUCAAUGUCUGUGCUGCAUGUUGAUGUACUUACUAUUUGACACUUAUUUGGUAAUGGAAUAUGCACCUGCCUUUAUAUAAUGAUGUGUGACUGCUUGACUGUAAGUUCUGUGGAAAUCUAAUUAGAGACCCCAUUCCCGCUUUAUUGUAAGGCUGUUUUCCAUCUUUAACAGCACUACAGGAGCUAUAUGUCACUCAUGUAUGUAAUAAUUUAAGAUCCAACCUCCUAGCCAGCCACUGAGCAGUCAUUUAUUACACAUAGCAGGAUGAACAACAAUUCCAAGCAUAGUUUACAGUAGAAAUGAGCCUUCUUCACCUGAGAUGAAAGCCUCUGCUAUUAGCAGUUCAGGUCCUUGAGGAUUUCUUCAUUGUGGGACUGCAUCAAAAAGCACCAUUCUUUUGCACUCGGGGCACCAGACACUAAAGCAUUUUACUAGCUAUGGCAAUCCAGAUAGUAACAGUUUGUUCUGGUGGUUGCCAACACAAACUGCUUAUCUUCUGCAAGCUCGAGCUAUUGCCUUACCACCUUCUUCUGUGUUUGUUCUCCCACAUGAAUUCAGCAUGCUUCUGCCAGCUAUGAAUAGAGGCUGAUUCUUGAGAGUGCUUUUAGGAGGGAAAGGCUUAACGGCCACACUAUUGUUACCAGCUCAUGUUUUAUAAACCUCAGCAGUGUUGGCAGAGGCUGGUGAAUGGAUGGGAGCAAAAUGCAGCCAGUGACGGUGAAUUCAGUGCAGUCGGUGAAUGAUUGCCCGGUCAGUGAACUUGCGCUAUGCACUGCUAAUGUGAGAAAAAAGAUGUUCGAAGGAGCAUGUGUGUGUGUGUCAAGUGACACAUAAACGUGCAGCUUACAGAAGCAUUACAAAUGGUUUUUCUCGUUGUCAGGGUAAGAAAACUCAGUGGGUUUGUGUUAUGGAAUGAAAAGAAUGUCGUUCAGUGCACAUUAGCUGUAGUUUUCUGUUGUGGUUAAUGAAGUAUGGCUGCCAAGUUUUACAGUACUAAGAGCGAAUUUUACUGUUGCUGUCGCCAUGAAGUUAUAUAUAUAUAUACGUAUAUUGUAUUUUUAUUAGCCUGUAUUUUACUAUGCAUACGUCUUUUGUAUAGUUUUCUGCGAGUCUUUUUGUGGUUGUGCAUAGGGAAAUUAUUGUAAGGACAUUUGCACAUCUGUAAUCUCAUUCAGUUUUGUGCAUCUGUUCAUGAAACUGCUCUGGGGUUUGUUUGUUUUUCUUUCACGCAGCUUCUCCUAGGUAAACCAAGCAGUCUUUCAUCAUUAAAUGAAUAGCAACAGGUUGCUUUGCUCUAUGCUAUUGAGUGCAGUUAUUUUAACAAAUAGUUUUGGAGCCACAUUGUGUUUAACUAUGAUCAGUCAUUGAUGUUCAUAAAAGUGUAAUGUUUGAUACAAUGUUACUGUGCUUAUUUGAAUUGUUUUAGCCAUUUGUUCUUGUCUUCACGCAUUAUUCUGCCCUUUUGAUCCGCUUUUCGCAUUGAGGGUGCUAGUUUUGCUUUCCUUUUUCUAGUUGCGUUUACAGCAGAGUUGGUAUGGCUGUGUAAACUAAUAAAUUGUUGCACUAGAAUUGAGUGGUGCUGUCAAGAGUCUGGCAUAAGAAGGAAAAGCAAACACAGCUGGUGCAAGUGUGUUUGUGUAUCUUACUUGCUGUGGCACAUGCGAUGUUCCAUUCUUUGGCUUGUUCCCAGGCAUUGCAGUUGCCGCGAGCUGAUCAACUUCCGCCGAGUGUUUAGAUAUGCUAACACUGGAGGGCUUUCACUGUACAGACUUUGUUCUAUUCUGUAUGUGUUGAAAUUAGUGUUUCCGGUGUGUGUUCUUGUAUAUUACCUUUGCAGAAUAACAAAUAUCAGUCCAUUAGGAAUUCAUCAGUCACGUACGAGUAUAUUCGUUGUAUUGAUGUGUACUUUGUGCAGCAUAAUUGAUUUGUCAGCUCACGUAAAACAGUAUUUGUAGCCCAGAAGUUGGCACAUUCUAGUUGGCUUAGGUUACUUGUCAGGACUAGUUCCAUUAGUUAGGGCUGCUGCAACUCAGAUAGAAGGCAUUGUGCCAUAGAGGAGAGCCAAAUUAGAUGCACGAGGGAUUCAGUGUUCUUUGUACAAGUAAAUUGGUCAUUGUAUUGCUGCCCUUUAUCUGAGUUGGUUCAACUAUCUUGAAGUAUCGUGUAUCAUUUGGCUACAUUCUGGUGCAGUUAAGACGAACACUUCAGUUAAUCUUGUAAGAAUGUGUGCAUAAUGAAGAAUGUGUACCUGUUCCUGUCUGUUUUAUAUGUUAGAAUCACUGUUGCCUGCUACACGUUUCCUGGAACUUACUAACGUGACUUUUGAUCAUGCUGUGUUAAUUUGUUGUAAACUUUGCUGUUUUUUUUUUCCUGCGAAAGUGAAAAAUUACUGUUCAGUGAAAUAAAAUCUGUAAUCUAUGAACAAGAGAAUGCACAUAUUCUUAUGUCAACAUUGUGACACUGAGGUUAACUUUUCAUGAGUGCUUCCUGUUUGUAUGUACUUAUGGAGUAUUUGGAAAUAGGGGAAAAUUUCUUAGGUAUAAUGUUAAGUGCUUGCACUUUAGUUCACCUGACGAGCAUAUGUGCAUAAUUAACAACUUGUAUUAUCUCUGAGUAGCGUUUUGACAACAAUGAAUUUUUGCAGGUAAUUGUGAAUAAACAAUGGUAGAAAUUGUUAUGUACACACAAAUUAAUUUGAUGAACUUUGCCGGGAUGGCACUUGAAGAUGAACAAACUGAGCAAUUGGCUUGCUCAAACAUUCUUGCAGUUACACCUUAUCAAUUAGGUAAGUAAAUUAAAUUUUAUCUAAUUAA